CCUCCUCCUCCUCCUCCUCCGCGCCGCCCUCCGCCAUGGAGCCCGAGCCGGAGGGGCGGAAGGCCGGCGGACGGCGCGGCGGCACGGCGCGGGGCAGCACGCCAGAAACAGAGUCCUCGAGUGAAGACCAACCUCGGAGCGGCUAUCUCCUUCCUCCAGGAGUUGAGCUUCACCAGGUUACCAUCCUGCCAAAGAAUGAAUGGGAAAGGAUUCGCGACAGCCUCAGUGGGUUUGCUAAAAAGUCGGCACAACUCCGCGCUGCAAGGAAAGCAAAGAAAGACGUACAUUUACGUUCCCAAGCAAUUGUGAAAAACUGGACCAACACUUGUGUUGGGAUGAAAGUACAGAAAUUACAAGCAGAAAGGCUACGCAAAGAAAAGGAAAAAAAGAGGAAUCAAGAAAUUGAUAUGGAAGAAGAACACUACAGAGCCGAGGAAAGAAAAAAGGCCAUCGACAGCGCAAGACUCUAUCAGUAUUACCAGAUGGAUAGAGUGAAAGGCUUUCAUAGUGCACUUCUUCUUACAGAAGUUCUGAAAGAGAGAGAUGCUCAGAUUGAGUUCAAAAAGAAAAAACUGUCUCCUGACAAAAAAUGGGAAGAAUUACUGAAGCACAACUUUGAAAAAGCAUUGCAGGAAGAACAACAGAAAGCAGAAAAACGUCGCAGGGAUAGACUGGCUCUUGCCAGUGAUCAUCUGCAACAAAUUAAGGAACAUGAAGAGGUAGACGAACUAAGAAGACAAGAAGAACAAAAAGAUGCUGAAGAAAUAAAAAAACAGACCAAAUUAUAUGAAUUAGAGAGGCAAAGAGAAAAUAAACGGAAAGAGGAAGAAAUGCUUGAACUUCAGAAAGCUUACCAUGCAUACAUUGAGAACAGAAAUACCCUCAGACAGUUACAAGCACAGCAAGAAGCCGAGGAAAAUGAUAAACUUAGAGAUUAUGUCAAAGCAAGAAAAUAUUUGUCAAAUCUAAGAAGAGAAAAGGAACUUGAAACUCACAGACAAAUGGAGGAACAUAGAAACAGGAUUACUUCCUUGCUUCAUGAGAUGACAAAACAGAAAUUUGAAGAUGAAGAUGCCCGUGUCUCAAGAGACAUUGAAGAGGUUGAAGUGCAGAAGGAAAAAGAAGAGAAGGAAAAAGAGGAAAAAAACAAAGCAGAAUUACAAUCAAUUGCUAAAUAUAGAGCCACCCUGAUGAAAAAUAAAGAAGAAAAAGAAAAGCAAGAUAGACUGGAAGCUAAAGAGGAAUUACGGGCUAUACUGGAAGCAGAUCAGAUUUAUAGAGCACAUGAGGAGGAGAAAAAGCGAAGAGGUCAUGAAGAGUGCAAGCGAAUUAAACAAUUCCAGAUACAACAGAUGGCCGAAAGAAAGGCAGAUUUACAGCAGAAGAGACAAGCGGACUUAGACUACGUAAAACAGACGGAAGCCCUGGAAGCUAGAAAGGAGAAAGAAUUCCAGAAAUAUGCAAAACAAAUCAUUGAUUUCGAAUCCAAGACAACCCAGCAGCUUUAUCCUCUUUACAAGGCAUCCCAGAAAGGUGUUGGAGGUGGCCGUGGUCCGGUUUAUAAAGAAAGAGGGGGAAUAAGGCCUAGCUAUCAAGCAAAGGAUUUUCAUGGGACCCAGCUCCCUCUUUAUUCUUCGCAAGCCGCUACACGUGGUGAUUUUCAAAAGUCUAAGAGAAGAUUAGGUUUUACAUGGUAGAAAAGCAUAUUUUAUUUUUUUAAAUUUAAGAUUAUAUUCAAUUUUAAUGCCAUUUACAGCAGCGCUAUUUGGGCCACAAAUGUAAUUCAAUAAAAAGUUUAGAGUCAUUGAGUACCGUA